AUGUGUGACCUACAUGAGCUGUUGAAUCGAAAGCGGCCCGGGCCAUGGCAAAAAUUCUGUGCCAAACCUUGCGUCUUCCUCGCGCAACAACUUUACACUUGGCGGCAAUACAUUCCAGCCGCGCCACUCAAAGAUCCUGUUUCGAUCGUCUGUAUCUCCGAUACUCACGAUGCCCAAGUUCAUGUCCCCGAUGGAGACAUUCUGAUUCAUGCUGGUGACCUCACACAAUCCGGAUCCUUCAAGGAGCUUCAGGAGGCACUGAGUUGGUUACGCUCACAACCUCAUCACAUAAAAAUCAUUGUUGCUGGGAAUCAUGAGCUAUUGCUAGACAUAGAAUGUGAUGAUUCUUCUGGCCAAGCGGCUUCUGAAAGAACUCAACUUGACUGGGGUGAUCUGAUAUACCUUGAAAAUGAGAAAAGGGAAGUUGUCUGUGCUAAUGGCCGUCAUCUGAACGUAUAUGGGAGCCCUUAUUCUACUCGCCAUGGGAACUGGGUGUUCCAAUAUCCCAAAAGUAAAGAUGUAUGGGCUGAUUCAGUACCAGAAGGGAUCGAUGUGCUCAUUACACAUACUCCACCCAAUGCGCACCUUGACUUACUCAAAUUUGGUUGUGUUCAACUCCUGAAGUCAUUAUGGAGAGUUCAGCCACGACCUCAUGUGUUUGGGCAUAUACACGAGGAUGCUGGUACGGAAUGGAUCUCAUUUGAUAAGCUUCAGCUUGCAUACGAGCAUACCGUUGCUGAUGGAGGAGGCGUAAAAAAUCUUCUAAGGACGGCAUGGGAAUUCGGAAUGGCAUGGCUUUCCCCAGUUACAGAGUCUAGGUGUCUACUGGUCAAUCCGUCAAUUGUUGGCGGAUUACGGGAUGAUGAACGGAGAGAGCCUGUGAAGGUCGUCAUCUAG